CCUAUCAAGCUCUGCACAUAUCAAACCAAUCCAACCUCACACAUUACUACUACUACUUCCAAAUCAACAAUGUCAUAUCCACUUAAAACAAUCUUUUAUUUCACCUUCAUUGUGUUUCUAGUUGCGUAUCCAGCUUUCGCUCAUGACUUCUCAAUCGUUGGUUACUCCCCCGAUGACUUGGGUUCAGAAGAGAGACUCCACAAUCUAUUUGUAACAUGGAUGUCAAAGCACCUGAAAAAUUAUGAUAGCCUCGAAGAGAAGCUGCUUAGGUUCGAGGCAUUCAAAGAUAACUUGAAACAUAUUGAUGAGAGUAAUAAGCGUAUUAGCAGCUAUUGGCUUGGCUUGAAUGAGUUUGCAGAUUUGACCCAUCAAGAGUUCAAGAAUAAGUACUUAGGCUUGAAAAUUGCACAAGAAAAACAGGUGGAUUCUUCAGAAGACUUCACUUACAGAGAUGUAAAGAGUAUACCAAAGUCUGUAGAUUGGAGAACGAAAGGAGCUGUUACACCAGUCAAGAACCAGGGUGCAUGUGGAAGUUGUUGGGCAUUUUCAACUGUUGCUGCAGUCGAGGGCAUAAAUCAGAUUGUCACAGGAAACCUAACCUCACUGUCUGAGCAACAACUGAUAGACUGUGAUAUUAGCAAUAAUGGCUGCAAUGGUGGGCUAAUGGAUAACGCGUUUAAGUUUAUAGUCUCUAAUGGUGGACUUCACAAGGAGGAGGACUAUCCUUAUCUUAUGGAGGAAGGAACUUGUGAAACAAAAAAGGAAAAGAUGGAAGUAGUGACCAUUAAUGGUCACAGAGAUGUUCCAAGGAAUGAUGAAGCAAGUCUAUUGAAGGCACUCGCUCACCAACCUAUUAGUGUCGGAAUUGGUGCUUCUGGGAGAGACUUCCAAUUUUACAGCGGGGGAGUUUUUGACGGGCCUUGUGAAACGAUGUUAGACCACGGAGUAACAGCUGUAGGGUACGGUUCAACAAAGGGAUCAGAUUACAUCAUUGUGAAGAACUCAUGGGGACCAAAAUGGGGAGAACAAGGAUACAUAAGAAUGAAGAGAAAUACUGGACACCGCGAGGGACUGUGUGGUAUUAACAAAAUGGCAUCUUAUCCAACCAAGAAGAAAUGAUAAUUUUGUCAGAUGUUUCUUUCCUCAAUCACCCUUCUUCCUGCCUUUGCAGCAAUCCAAGCAACAAACAAUAAUAAGUGUAAAUGUUUAUACAAAGUUUAUCAUUGGAAUAUGAUAGACAUCAUUCUGUGUAUUUCUCAUUAGAAAUAUGGAAAUUCAAUAACAUUUUAUUCAGAAA